AUGGCAUCAAGCUCGUCGGGAAAGCCACCCAGGGUGCUUGCUUGUGUCCUAUGUCAAAAUAGAAAGAUCAAAUGUGACCGCAGAACUCCAUGUUCCAACUGCAUUAAGGCCAACGUUGCCUGUACUCCAAGUACUCCCGCCCCUGCACGCAAGAGGCGGAGGCCGAAUCAAGACUUGCAGCAGAGGCUCGCCCGGUGCGAAGAGUUGCUGUCCGAGUAUGCUACUGCCAAACCGCCCGCUCCUUCAUCCGUCGGGUCUCCGAGCCAAGAUGAUUCUUGGAAACCACUCGGGAAACUGAUUGUCGACGAUGGCGGCGUCAAAUUCAUAGAUAGUUUCUUAUGGGCUACUAUCCAUAGCGAGCUCUCGGCGAUGCGCGAGAUACUCGAGGAUGAAGAAACAGUAGACGAUCCAUGUACUCCUGCCGAUUCGCAGACUUCCGAUCUCGACGCAGGUCUUAUAUUAUCAGAUACUUCUAACACUGAUUUAGAAGAGCUACAUCCUCAACCAGCUCACGUAUUCCGCUUAUGGCAGAUUUUCAUCGAAAGGGUCAACCCAUUAACCAAGGUGAUCCAUGUCCCUACAGUCCAGCCUCUACUUGUCGAAGCGGCAGCAAGUAGAGCAAAGAUACCUAAGAAUGCCGAGGCUCUAUUGUUUUCUAUAUAUCUAAUGGCUACCGUGGCUCUAACCGAGGAUGAAUGUCUAGAAAGAUUUGGGUGUACUAAGGACGUCGUUUAUACUCGCUUUUCCAAGGGUUGCCGUUCGGCCUUAAUGCGUAUCGGUAUUCUCAGAAACUAUGACCUUGUUGUCCUACAGGCCUUAGUGUUGUACUUGUUCUCCCUGCCCGGCCAUUACGACCGUCAUGCGGCAUGGAUUUUAAACGGUGUCACGGUAAGGAUUGCGCAGAAGAUGGGCCUCCAUAGGGACGGAGAAUUCCUCGGACUCUCGCCGUUCGAGACUGAGAUGCGACGACGCAUAUGGUGGCAAAUUAUCUUACUUGAUGCUAUGUACGCGUUGAUGUCUGGUUUGGGCCAUUCUCUUCUACCGCGCUCCUGGGAUACGAAACCGCCUCUAAACUUGAACGACUCGGACCUUUACCCUACCAUGACCACUAUUCAGCCCAAGGAUAGCCCUACAGACAUGAUAUUUCGCCUCAUAUGUUGCGAGCUAAGUGCAACCAUGGUUGACACCCCUGAUAUUCAUACGGUUAUUAUGCAAAAUGAGAUGGGCGUGGACAAUCCUGAACCUGAAAAGAUCGAAAGGGCAACUAGACGCAUCGAUGAGCUAGAUAAGAAUUUGAUGGAAAUCCUAACCAAGUAUAGCGAUCCCUCGAUGGGACCUGUGCAUGUGUUAGCAGCCGAGACGGGGCAGAUAAUGAUCGCCAAGCUACGAGAACUCGUCUGCCCGAUUAGGAGUCAACCGGAAUGGGGCACGGAAAUCUUAACACCUCAAGACAACUUAUUCAAGCUAUCUCUCACAGCGGGCGAGCAAAAUUUAAGGAUGUACCAAAUACCUCAGACGAGAGGCUUUUUUCUCUGGUUUAUGAUGUCCCAUUUUCAAAUAGAAGUUUUCAUAUAUAUGGUCGGGCAGCUUAGCACUCGCACAUCUGGACAAUUGGUCGAAAGAGCAUGGCGCGUGGUCGAAUUGAUUUACCAAUACCAUACAGAAUUAUUCGAUCUCUCGAUAAAAGCGCACAUGGCGUCCGCUAUCUUCACAAUCCGUGCUUGGAAUGUGCGAGAAAAGGUGCUACGGGAUACCGCGUGCUCUCCUCUGGAGACGCCGGACUAUAUAGCCAGGCUGCUGAGUAUCCUUCCACCCGAGGAAGCUAGGCAUACGCGCACUAGCGAGGCACCCAGCGCGACGGACUUAAGCGUGAGCCAUGCCACACCUGCACAGCCUAGCACAGAGCUUCCGUGGGAUCAAAUGCUCGGGUUCGUCGAUGCCAAUUCCAUUGAUUGGAGCGAUAUAUUUGCAGCUUCGGCGGCACCACAACCGCAACCAAAUUACGGCGCCUAUUCAACGGUUUUCGGUGGAAACUCGAUCAACUGGAUGUAG